AUGUAAUUUUGGCAUGAUAAUGUUGAUUGAUAAGAAUCGUUGCUGUUCAAACAAUUGAUGUUUGUUUCUCUUCUUCUUUUUGGGUGAUAUUAAACCACAUUUUUUUUGUUUUACUUGCAAGAUGGUUCUCGAUACUUUCGAUAUCGAUCUGAUCAAUCAAUCAAAUGAAACAUUAUAUUUUUAUCGGCAAUUUUCAAAUUGUUACAAGUGUCCUUUGAUAUUGAAAGCAACCAUACAUUCGGGUAAACAAAUUACCAUCCAAUUACGUAGCUAUUUUGAUCAACUAUAUGCUAUUGGACGUGAUACAAAUGAUACAUUUUGGCUGCCUGCAAAACAACAAAAUGAUUCUUGUAAUGUUUGUUCAACGGAUCCAUUGGAUUGUCAAUCGUUACAAACGAUAGAUGCUCGUGAUAAAUCCCAUUAUCAAUUGAUAAUUAAUGGCCAACAAAAUUGUCAUCUUGAAAUGUUAGAAUCAGGUGAAAAUCAAUGGCUAGCUGUAUCGAUUGUUAUAAUAAUUUAUCUAAUCAUUAUGAUUGGUUUAAUAUUUGGUCAUCGAUCAUUCAUGAAAUUAUGCAGAAACUAUUUCACUAAUCGUGGUCAUCAUUCCUCACCAUCUUCAUCGUUGGCACGUCAUCAAACAGAUUCACCAACAUUUCCAUCAAUACAAUCAGAAUUAUCAUCACCAUCAUUACCAAACACAUCGAUACGACAUUCAAAUCGUUUUCAUUCAAUCGAUACAUUUAGAGGUAUCGCAAUAACGUUAAUGAUAUUUGUGAAUUAUGGUGCUGGACAAUAUAAAUCACUUGAACAUGUUGCAUGGGAUGGUCUACAUUUAGCCGAUAUUGUAUUUCCAUUUUUUAUAUUUGCUAUGGGAAUGUCAAUUGCUGUUAGUUUUAAAAAUAUUCAAAAAAUCAAUGAUAAUCGUUAUAAAAUAAUGGAACGUAUUGCAAAACGUUCCAUUAAAUUAUUCCUGUUAGGAAUCAUUGUCAAUUCGAUUGGUGCCGGUAAUUAUUCCGAUAUUGGAACAAUACGAAUACCAGGAGUAUUACAACGAUUUGCAUUAUCCUAUGGAAUUGUUGCCAUCGUACAAUUGUUUACUGUUAAUUUGAUCAGCAGUACAAUAAUGCCAAGAUGUUUAAAUUGUAUAAAAUUAUGGCCACAAUAUGCUUUAGCAUUGGUUAUGAUAAUCAUAUAUAGUUAUUUAUCAUUUGGUUGGAGAUUUGAUCCAAAUUGUCCGAUAGGUUAUGUUGGUCCUGGUGGAUUAUCGGAUAAUCAAUCAUAUCCAUAUUGUAUUGGUGGUGCUGCACAUCGUCUGGAUCAAUUAUUAUUCACUGCUAAUCAUUGUUAUCGUGAUAAUUUUGCUGGUCCUAUUUAUAAUCAAGGUUAUUUUCCCAAUUUAUGGCAUGAUCCAGAAGGCUUAUUAGGUUCAACUAAUUCAAUAGUAUUGACUAUUAUUGGUUUACAAGUUGGUCAUACUGUAUUACAUAAUGUUCAACCAUGGGCACGUUUUCGUCGUUUUAUCAAUAUGAUUGUUUUGCUUACUAUAACAACAAUAGUAACCGUAUAUGGAUUCAAAAUACCUAUCAAUAAAAAUUUAUGGUCAAUUAGUUUUGUAACAGUGAAUGGUUGUUUAGCUACAAUGAUAUUUGCUUUAUUACAUUAUUUAAUCGAUUUAAAACGUAUAUGGCCAAUGGGACAACCAUUCAAUUAUCCGGGACAAAAUUCAAUAGCAUUAUAUCUUGGACAUGAAAUUGCGAGCAAUAUGUUUCCAUUUAAAUUAUUCAAGUCAUAUUCAUCACAUUGGGGUUAUUUAUCCGAAAAUCUAUUGGCUGUUACAAUUUGGAUAUGGAUUUCCUAUUGGUUGGCUAUAAAUGAUAUUUUCAUUAAAGUUUGAUCUUUAGACAAUCCAACUCAAUUGUUGACCUUAUAUUAUUAUCGAGCUUCUUUUAUGAUUUUAUUCUUUUUUUUGUUAUG